GAAAAGACCCUCCCCCUAAUUGUUGAAGGGCGACAACUCCGUAGAAAUAUAUCAACAACAUCAAGAUCAUUAAAGUAAAGUUUGUAAAUAAUGUCAAAAACAACACCAGGGAUAUCUCAAGAAUGGAUAGAGAAAUAUCAAAAGAAUUUUGAAAGCUCAGAGAAGAAUUUACUGGCACAAAAUGUGUGUGUACAACAUAGUCUGGUGGAAAUGUGUUCCAGCCGAGCCAGGAAGCAGACAACACAACAUUGCUUUUCUCACAAGGUUGAAAAGGAAGGAAGUCCUAUGACCAAUCAGAAAGGUUCCGGGAGGUGCUGGAUCUUUGCUUGUAACAAUAUCAUGAGAAUUCCAUUCAUGAAGAAAUUUAACCUGGAGGAGUUUGAGUUUAGCCAAACUUACCUCUUCUUCUGGGACAAGGUUGAGAGAGCAAAUUACCUUCUUGAUGCUUUUGUUGAAUGUGCAAGGAAUGGUGAAACCUACGAGGGUCGACUAAUAAGUCACUUAUUGCACAAUCCCUCAGAGGACGGGGGCCAGUGGGAUAUGCUGACAAACCUGGUUGAGAAGUAUGGGGUUAUUCCAAAAGUUUGUUACCCAGAGAGUUGGAGUGCAGAAAAUUCGAGGAAAAUUGGGGAAUUGUUGAACAAUAGGUUGAGAGAAAACUGUAUGUGUCUGCAUAGAAUGGUAUCUGCAGGAAAAACGGAUGUAGAAAUCAACAAAGAGAAAAUGAACAUGAUGGAAGAGAUAUAUCGUAUGAUGUGUAUAGUGUUAGGAACACCACCGACCAACUUCACAUUCCAGUACUACAGCAAGGGUGAGAAUGACAAGUCGCCUAAGUUUAACUCGUUAGGACCAUUAUCGCCUCAAGAUUUUUAUAGCAAACAUAUCAAACCAGACUGCCUCGACAUGGAGGAUUUGGUGUGUUUGGUGAAUGAUCCUCGACCUCAGAAUCCAUACAACAAACUGUACACUGUGCAGUACCUUGGCAACAUGACUGGGGGAAAACGUGUUCUUUAUAUCAACAAACCAGUUGAUGUGUUGAAACAGCUUGCAAUUAAAUCUAUUGUGGACAAUAAAUCGGCAGUAUGGUUUGGCUGUGAUGUAGGGAAGUCAUUCAGGGGUAAUGAUGGAUAUUUGGAUCUUAAAGGGAUUGAUUACAAACUUGUGCUAGGGAUAGAUACACACAAGAUGAAUAAAGCAGAAAGAUUGAUGUAUGGGGAGUCACUUAUGACACAUGCCAUGGUCUUCACAGGGGUUAACUUACAGAAUGUUGAGAAGACAGAUGAAACACCAAAAGCAGAUAAAUGGAGGGUAGAAAAUUCUUGGGGAAAUGAUCGUGGGGACAAAGGCUACCUUGUAAUGACUGAUGACUGGUUCUCGGAGUAUGUGUAUGAAGUUGUUAUCAGCAAAAAGCUUCUAGAUGCAGAGACUUUAGCAAUAUUGGAACAGGAACCAGUCGUGCUUCCAGCAUGGGAUCCAAUGGGAGCUCUUGCACAUUGACAGGGAACCAGAUAGGAUUUAUGGAAACUGGUCAUAAUUGUGAUUUACAAAACUUUGAUCAAAUUAAACCAGUCUUAAUUGUGAUUUAUGGAAACUUUAAAAUUACAUGUUACGAUAAUGCUUUAAUUCAGUCUAAACUUUACAGAUAUAAUAAAUUGAAACCAGUCUGUUGAAGUAAAGGUUUAGUUAACCUUUAGCCUGCUGGCGGCAAGUGAUUCUGCUUUUGCGACAUCCGUGCAGGCUUAUCUUGGUCUGCACUGUUCGCAAUCUAAUUAGUAAAUUUUCAUUGAACACCCCCUUGAAUAAUAAAUAGUGCUGUCCAAAUUGAAUGAUGGACUAGUCUAUUUUAGAAAUUUAGCAGGAUAAAGGUUAAUUAAACAUAUUCAAACUUCAGGUAUAAUUUAUAAUAUAACAUGCAUUCCUUAUAUGUACAUAUUAUUUGUAUUUAUUCGCAUAUUUAUAAAAGAAAUGAGUUAAUAUAGUAAACUGCCAGUGAGAACAGACUCUGAAAUAUUUACUGUAGGAAUUUUUGACAUUUAUUUCUAGAAAUACCAGUUGUCUGUGCAAGAAUUGGAAAACUUCCUCAUUUGAAAUACAACAACCAGGAAGGUUUAAGACAAAAAUAAAUAUGGAAGCUGUUUGCAUUGUGUUACAGAUACCUUGCAUAAAAACAAGACUUGUUCACAGGUUCCAUGAUUUAUGAUUUUUGAACAAAUUAAACCCCUUGACACUAUGACUGAUAAUUGUGUCAAUGUAUUUGUUGAAGAUAAUUAAGAUAAAUUGAGUAGAAUAAAAGAAAAAAACAUUUGUUCAGCUCAUACACACCCAAGUAAAACUGCCAAUUUAUUUUGGUACAUACCGUUUUCAGCAUUUUGUACAGGUGAUGAAUAAUGCCAGUGUGAAAUUAUUAAUGUUCUGAGAGGCCAAUUUUUAUGAAUUUUGGUUAAAAAUAAAUCUUUGAAAUUUAAAUCCAUUGAACAGGUAAAAUUCUCAUUGAUUUUUAGCUCAUCUGAUUUUUUGAAAAAAAAUGAUGAGUUAUUGUCAUCACUUAAUCGGCGUCGGCAUUGCCUGGUUAAGUUUUAUGUUUAGGUCAGCUUUUCUCCUAAAAUACCAAAGCUAUUGCUUUGAAACUUGCAACACUUGUUCACCAUCAUAAGCUGACCCUGUACAGCAAGAAACAUAACUCCAUCCUGCUUUUUGCAAGAUUUAUGGCCCCUUUUGUACUUAGAAAAUAUCAGAUUUCUUGGUUAAGUUUUAUGUUUAGGUCAACUUUUCUCCUAAACUAUCAAAGCUAUUGCUUUGAAACUUGCCACACUUGUUCACCAUCAUAAGCUGACCCUGUACAUCUAGAAACAUUACUCCAUCCUGCUUUUUGCGAGAAUCAUUGCCCCUUUUGGACUUAGAAAAUCAGUUUUCUUGGUUAAGUUUUAUGUUUAGGUCAGCUUUUCUCCUAAACUGUCAAAGCUAUUGCUUUAAAACUUGCAACACUUGUUCACCAUCAUAAGCAGACCCUGUACAGCAAGAAACAUAACUCCAUCCUGCUUUUUCCAAGAUUGGUGGCCUCUUUUGGACUUAGAAAAUAUCAGAUGUCUUGGUUAAGUUUUAUGUUUAGGUCAACUUUUUCUCUUAAACUAUCAAAGAUAUUGCUUUGAAACUUGCCACACUUGUUCACCAUCAUAAGCUGACCCUGUACAUCAAGAAACAUAACUCCAUCCUGCUUUUUGCAAUAAUUAUUGCCCAUUUUGGACUUAUAAAAUCAGUUUUCUUGGUUGAGUAUUAUGUUUAAGUCAGCUUUUCUCAUAAACUAUCAAAUCUAUUGCUUUAAAACUUGCAACAGUUUUUCACCAUCAUAAGCAGACACAGUACAUCAAGAAACAUAACUCUAUCCUGCUUUUUGCAAGAAUGAUGGCCCUUUUUGGACUUAGAAAAUCAUGGGUAGGACAAUAUUUCUAUUAUACAAAAAAAAUCAGAUGAGCGUCAGCACCCGCAAGGCGGUGCUCUUGUUAUGUGAGCAAUUAAAAUCCAGGAACCAUUUUUUGCCAACUCAAGAAAUUUGUGCCUAUGAAAUUAAAUAAUUUCCCAGCAUAUCAGAGAAUAACAGAAGCCAUUUUGUAGACUGACUGAUACCAACAUUGUAACAUUUUGUCAGUAAAGUCCUACAUCUGAAAAAUCACACUGGUUGUUUUAAUCUAAUUUGUUAAUUGAUUGUUUACCAAUUUAUCAAUUUUUUGUUAAAAAAAUAUAUUUUUUGUAUCUUCUUUUUGUAAGACUCAUAUCUUCCGAGUUUCUUGUUGAUGUUUUAAUUCUUUUGUCAAGAAUUUAUACACUCUCUCCUGAAGAUUAUGCCUUUAAAAGACUGGUUCUUUUUUGUUUUUCUUCUUUUGCAUAAUUUAUCCAGUGUAUAGAAAUACUGAGAAACUGCAGAAUACCUGAAAGAUAUAAUAAACCUCUUUUAAAACCAUUUUUAAAUUAGUAACUAGCUUUUAAAAAGGAAACAACAGUUACUUACUCAUUUCCUUUAACUUCUAAGAAAUUGAUUUCAACUUUAAAAAAAAAAUAACCAGUUGUCCUGUUUAUCACUUGCAGUGAAACCCUUGUAAAUCAGAUACUCAUAAAAAGGAAUUAAUCUUUCCACAUGUAAAAAUAGCCUUGGUAAAGAACAAGUUCUUCGUAUUAUGAAAUAACCUGCUAUUAAAACCAAACAGAUUUUAUGAUUUGUUUGUAAGCCUGUAUGGUUUACAGUAGUUACUUGGUCUAGAGACUGAUUGGUUAACAGGGUUAUUUGGUCUCGAGGCUGGUUGGUUUACAGGGGUUAUUUGGUCUUGAGGCUGAUCCCAUUACAGGGGUUAUUUGGUCUUGAGGCUGAUCCCUUUACAGGGGUUAUCUGGUCUUGAGGCUGAUCCCUUUAAAGGGGUUAUUUGAUUGGAUUGCUUUACAAUGGGUCAGAAGAUCUUGAGGCUGAUUGCUUUUUACAGUGAGUCAGAAGGUCUUGAGGCUGAUUGCUUUAUAAUGGGUCAGAAGGUCUUGAGGCUGAUUGCUUUAUAAUGGGUCAGAAGGUCUUGAGGCUGAUUGCUUUAUAAUGGGUCAGAAGGUCUUGUGGCUGAUUGCUUUACAAUGGGUCAGAAGGUCUUGAGGCUGAUUGCUUUACAUGGGUCAGAAGGUCUUGAGGCUGAUUGCUUUACAAUGGGUCAGAAGGUCUUGAGGCUGAUUGCUUUACAAUGGGUCAGAAGGUCUUGAGGCUGAUUGCUUUACAAUGGGUCAGAAGGUCUUGAGGCUGACUGCUUUAUAAUGGGUCGGAAGGUCUUGAGGCUGAGUGCUUUACAAUGGGUCAGAAGGUCUUAAGGCUGAUUGCUUUCCAAUUGGUCGGAAGGUCUUGAGGCUGAUUGCUUUACAAUGGGUCGGAAGGUCUUGAGGCUGAUUGGGUUACAGGUGUCAGUUGGUCUUGAGGUUUACAGUGAUUAUUUUGUCUUGAGGCUUAUCAGUUUACAGAGGUUAUUUGGUCUUGAAUCUGAUUGGUUUAAAGGUGUUAUUUGGUCUUGAGGCUGAUUGGUUAACAAGGGUCAGAAGGUCUUUAGGUUGACGUGUUUCCAGGGGUUAUUUGGUCUAUAUAAUUCUAAAUCAGAAGUUAUAUUUGUAUCAUUCAAAUUAUUUCUAGAUUAAGAUUUGAUUUACUUUGAAAAAACUCAAGGCAAAGCAUUUUGUUGUAUAUCAUAGUGUGUUUUGCAGUCUUUCAGUAUUUUGGCAUGUUACGAUAUUUACAUACACACUUACAUCUUAAUGACUUCUAGUCAGAUAGAUACACGCUUUCAAUCAAAGUAUACUAGUAUUUUAUAUCCGAAAUUUUCUGCUUUUGUAUUGUAUAACCAAGAAAGAAACAACUAGAUGAAUUUAUUUACUGAUGCAUUUGUAUACUUAAUAAAGGAAAAGAACAUA